GUUAUCACCACUCAAUCUGUUGAAUUUAGACCACAAAUUCAAACAACAAAACACAAACCACAGACCCUCAAGAUGGCUUCCCUCGUCGGUCAGCAGUUUCCGGAGGAUGUCUCCUUCACGUAUGUCCCCUACACGCCGGAGAAGGCCGGCCUGAACGCCUGUGGACUUCCCCAGAAAUAUGAUGCUAGCAAAGAGUUCAAGGAAAAGAAGGUCGUCCUCGUCGCCGUCCCCGGUGCCUUCACCCCGACCUGCAGCGAGAAGCACGUCCCGACCUUCAUCGAGCAGAAGGAGGCCCUCAAGGCCAAGGGUGUUGAUAAGGUGAUCGUGAUUGCAUACAACGAUCCGUUCGUUAUGAGUGCCUGGGGCAAGUCGAACGGCGUCACGGAUGAUUUCAUCAUCUUCGCGAGUGACGGCGAGACCAAGUUCUCCAAGCAGAUCGGCUGGACCAUGGGCGAGAGAACAGGCCGGUAUGCGCUGGUCAUUGACCACGGUAAGGUCACCUACGCUGAGCAGGCUGCCAAGGGUGGCGUCGAGGGAACGGAUGCUGCGUCUGUUCUGGCGAAGCUGUAGAUGUGCGCGGCCAAUGACACUGUCAUUCACACAAAUAUUGGUUGAUCCCUCGCUGAAGUGUCCCUGGGGGGGCGACUCGAGAGAUAUUUGCUAUAGACAAGACCUAGAUUGCUGCUACAUCUCAGUCCAAUAGAAAGCUCGCCAUCUCUACUCAAUCGCUGUGCAGCUUCGUAUACACGCGAGGAGGUCGUCACCGCAAGUGCCAUAUGGACAGGUUCUCUUGAUCAAUGCAUAAGUUGCUCGGUCUGUAAGCUACCUAUGCGUCGCGCGGAAAUCAUGUCCCUGCUCGUAAGGGGUCCCGUCCAUGCAACCUUUCCCCCUCGGUAGAGGUUCCCUUUUCAAGACCCAACAGGCUUUCCUUCUUAAAGCACAACAAGGUAGAGAGAACCCGACUCCAGCCCGCCAUUUUGCCCCGUGAAUCUCAAAUUGAUUGAUGUCAUUUGUUUGUCCCGGAGACCUAGAGAAAAAAAGCAGAUGCCAACCCAGUCUCGUCUUCCACCUCUCUCAAGCCAUCACCGUCACCAUUUAUCGGGUGGUGGCCUUGACCUUGGGAGCAGAGCCCUUGGCACCCUGCUUUCCGACAAUCCGCUGGGUCUGGCCCUUGGAUGCCUGAGCGGCGUUCUUGGCCUUCUCUGCCUUCUUGGCCGCGGCGGCCUCAGCCUUCUUCUCCUUGCUCUCCUUGAUGGCAGCCUGGCGGGCGGCGGAGCGCGCCUCAGGGCGCAUGGAGCGCUUCUCCUUGAUCACAUCGAGCGAGGCACCAACGAUGGCACGCUGGGCCUUGACAGUUCGGCGAGUGCGCUUCUUGGCGGUUUCCUCAGUGAUACCCUUGCGGUGCUGGCGGCGGUAGAGGACAGUCCAGGCAAUACGACGAGGGUUCUUGCGCUGGAGGAAGAGGGACUCGGAUUUGCCGUUCUGGAAGCGGAAGAUCUUGGAGUCUCCACGGACGUAGAGCUUACCCU